AAAUUGACAAUCAAGCGAGAUUGGCCUCUUCCUCAAUGUCGGAGUCCCCGUCUCUGGCCAAUUUGCAGAAUAAACAAAAUCGUGAUCAACAGUAUUUGGCCGUGCGUUGUAAUCCUGGUGGUGGCCCACCCCGAGGGUCUCAUUCUAAUGACUCUGGCAGUUUUGGCAAGGCUGAAGGUAAUGAAUACAUAGAAGAUAUUUGUCCAUAUGCUACAUUCCAGCUGAAUAAACAGACAUAUAGUGAAAGCUCAUAUAGCGGUAAUGUGUACAGUGGGCCGUAUCACUCAGUACGAGGCUCAUUUGUAUACCACGACGUGAAGCCGGAAAACUAUCAUUCGAAGGAACCGGAGUACACAAAAGUGCGCCGAAAAGUUGGGCGCUUGCGUGACCCUCAUUCGGAAAGUCAAG